GGAUUCAUAUUAUACAAAUUAGUAUGUACUCGAAGGUCUAAUAGUAUUUCAGUUACGGGGGAUUCGAAAGUUGCUCAAAAUGGUUCAAAUAAAAUUUACACACUGCCCUUGCAUUGCCACUUAUUUUUUCAACUUGGCGUGUGUCUACAUUAAUUUAGUAAUUUUAUGUUUAUGAUAAAAAUAUUUCAGGGUAAAUUACCAGUUGACUUAUUAAAUAUGACUUUACCAAACAAAGCUAAGGCCAUUUACAGCAAUUGUAGACAAUUAUUAUCUCAGUACAACAAAAAGAGGCUUGAUAUUGAAGAAAAUGCUUUAACGGUGUUAUAUAAGCCAUAUAAAUUACUGACUCCAGAAAGAGUUGAAGAAAUAACUGCAUUCACAGAAAAAUUAUUAGAAGAAGAACAAUACGAACAAUUGAUUUUGAUUAGUGAGGAAAUCAUUAAUCUGAGUUUAUCAGGUCUCAUGUAUUACCACAAUUAUUAUCAACAUCCUCUUUUAUUUGCAACCACUUUGUCUUUCUUAGGAUGGGUAGCAUGUCUGCUAAACAUUUUGUUAGAACAAAAAGUUCAUAUACAUGUAGAAAAUUUAGACAUGAAAAAGGGGGGUUCUUGUAAUGUAAAUUAUAAAUUAAAUAACUGGAUAAAAUCAGUAUCAACAUUUAUGAACAUAUUAACAGUUUAUCUAGUUUAUGGUAGGUACACAUAUAUUUUACUUGUUUUACUUUUAUAUGUUACUUGUGUAGUAUUUGUUCCAAUUUUUGUCAUUUUGUAUUCUGUUUUAUUUGUGAGUAAUUGACAUUAAAUACUAUUUCAGCACAAAACUUGCCAUUUCAGUAUUAUGUAUAUUUCUUAAUGCCAAUUUUGUUAUGGACAAAAGUGUUAUUAUCAUUCAAGCAGUGGAUGUAUACAUUAAGACUGCUACAAAAUAACAGAGGUGUUUUACAAGUAAUGGCUGAAAUAACAUGCUAUGUGUUGGGGUGUUUGGCAAUGGGAUUAUCAUUUACUUACAGAUGGAUGUUAAGCUUUCCAUUACUUGGUAUGGGUCUUUGGCCAUAUUUUUCUUUAUCAAGACAUAAAUUGUCGAAAUCAUUACUGUUUUUUUGGACAAUGGGAUGCAUGUUGCUGAGCAUGUUUUCAUUCAUUCCUGUAGUUGGGAAAGAAGUUUUUAUAGAACUCGUGUUAACAGCAGGAAUUGUUUGGUUGGUAGUUAUUGUGACUUAUUCAUGGUAUAUACAACCAUUAUAUAAUAUUAGUGGAGAUUGUAAGAAAGAAACUUUAAUAGAAAUUAUACAAGCUGUGAUAUUAGCAAUUUCACUAUGUAUUAUAAAUACACAAGCAAGGAAAUUUGAUUCCGGUGCACCACUUUCUACAUUUCUGCAAAAUGUAUGUUGGAUUUUUUUAGCUAUUCUGAUGUUGUUACCGUUAACCUACUCUAGAAGAUUAGGUAAUCGACUGAUUGGUACACAUACAUCAGUUGUAAAUAUCUACUUGCUACUUUCGGUGGCACAUGAAGGCCUUUUCAUAGUUGCUCUGAUAUUUAAUACCACUUGCUGGAUGAUUAUAGAGUUUCGACUGCUUAAUUUGGGUCAUGUUAAGGUAAGUCCCGUGGGUUGAUAAGCGACAGAAGGAAACUGAAAAAGGAGAUAAAUGGCAGCAUUUUCGUGAUAACUCAAAAUUAUAAAAACUACGGUUGGCAACCCGUCUGCCAAGCGUGACAACUAUUGCGAAAUGCCCCCCUAUGAGGCAAAGAGGGAGGCCUAUGUUCAUUAGACUUGUAGGCUGUAAUGGAUAAAUGAAUGUAUGCAUAUAAUUCUUGCUUUCGUGAAAAUCGAAGUAAUGCAACUUCUAAAAUUUUCAUAGGAUUUGAUGUAUUCAUGAAUAUUAUAUUUAUAUUACGACUGAAUUUCAUCCGACAUCAAAAACAGGAGGAUGUUCACUAUUUAAUUUUUCAACUAUACUUUAGGCUGAAUUUAUUUUGUUAAGUCAACUCUGCGAAGACCGGCAUACUAAAUUAAAAAAAAAUACAAAUGGUCUUAGUUUGGCUAUUCUUUAACCUUAAAUUAAAAUUUGGUUAAACUAGAUAAUAAUAUAUUUAGUUGAUCUGACAUUAAAUAUGUCAAAAUGACAAAAAAGACCACCGGUUCCAUCGGCUCCCAUGUCGGUUAAGACCGAACUGAAAAGAAAUAAGGUUUUAUUGCGCUUAUUUCGCGAGAUGCUGCAUUUGUCGGGUAAACCCGGCAUACUUUGCAGUUCCAGGGGUGCAAAACCUUGAAUAAUAACCAGCUUUUUAAUAGUAAGUAAAGUUUUAUUAAAAAAAAUCAAUGGUUAUACUUGCUAAAUUAAAUCAAAAAUGUUUUUUGUAUUGUGCUUAGUAUUAAAACGAUGAGAUCCAAAAUCGUAGGAUAGUAAUAAGCUAAGAAUUUAUUCUUAAGUAAAGGCUUAAUAAGACACCAAAGGAUGACGAUUUCUGAAAGUGGCGAAGACCGGCAUAUGACAUUUAUUACCCUCCAAGACCUAGACGGACUUACCCGCAACAUAUUUUGAAAUUAGUUUUUAUUUUCAUCAAGCAUAACUUAGUAAAAAACGUGUAUAAUACUAAUGUACUUAUGAAAUAGAUAUCUUAAUGAAGAAUAAACUUACUUGCAUAAAUUUACGUUCUAAUAAAAAAAUAAUUUUUUUGUUAGAACGUGGUACACUCCCAAUGCAAGGUGCUCACCGUACUAAACAAACAACCGCACUUUUUUCCGUUCUCACUACAUAAACCACCAUCUAUGUCAAUUGAUAAGGACUAAAAUCUUUUCUAAUCUUUUUUUUUUUUUUUUAAAAACGUUACCCCCACACUAGGAUUUUCUCCUGUAUCGUGGAGGCAGUUUACAAACACAAAUUGCACAAGGACAAACAUCCAGACCCGGAACAAUUAUUUGUAGGCCAUACAAAUACUUGUUCCGUGCGGGAUUCGAACCCGCGGCCCCCUGCUCAGCAACUCAUUGCUAAGACACUGCGCCACGGAGCCGUCAUGGUCAAAAUGGUUUUAUUGUUCAGCUGAUUGUAUUGACAUCUUCGUAGUUCUGCUGAAUUCGUUGUAAUUCUUGUUGUACGAUCUUCCCCGAUAGACGGUCUUCGCCGAGUUGACCCUACUUCUAUAUUCUUCUAUAUUAAGAUCCAAAAAAUAAAUUUUACAAUAAUAUUCGUCGUCGGGUGCCAUUUAGGUAGAACUCUAUUGGUGGUUGGUUGUGUUUGGUUUUGUUUUGAUGGCACAAACAUACCAGAUAACGUUUUGCUAUCUGGUAUUAAAUUAACCGGUUUCUCAGCUUUUUUUCUAAGCACUCAGUCUGUCUUAUUACGUAAAUCAGAGGUUCAUUAUCAUAAUUUCGUAAUGCAUUUAGGUUUAGGUUUUUUAGGGUUCCGUACCUCAUAAGGAAAAAACGGAACCCUUAUAGGAUCACUUUAUUGUCCGUCUGUCUGUCUGUCAAGACCCUGUUUCUCAGGAACGCGUGGAGGUAUCAAGCAAAUUCAUAACUUUUACUCAAGUCUACUGUCCCUUGGAGCUGUGAAAAAAUCAAACUUCUCAGCCAACGCAAUCAAAAGAUACAGCCAUUUAUAUCGCAAAUUUUCGACAUUCGCAAGGGAAUCAAAACCUACAGGGUACUUCCCGUGAACUCAGAAUCUUAAAAAUUGGUACGAAACAACGUAUUAUAACAUAGAUAAAGGAAAAAUUGCGAAAAGCAUAAAUUUUUAGUUACAUCAUAUAAUAAAAAUAUUUUUAAUAAUUUUAAACUUAUAUAUCUACGGAUUUGUUCGAAACCCUCGGUGCGCGAGUCCGACUCACACUUAGUCGGUUUUUUGUCAUGUGGAAUGAUUACCCUCCUCUCGGGGGAUAGGUCGGACUUGUAUUAAAAUCGAUUAAAAUCCCAUGGUCUACCUUCGCUGCAUAUAGGUAGGGUCACGUGAACGCUUUCCCACAUAUUCGCUACCCAACUAGCGCGAAGUCCCGUUGGUGGCCCUUCUACGGAAGACAAAUCCUCCCCUCGUUUUUUUAAAAAUAUAGAAUGGGGUGACAAAGGAGCACAACAGUCCACCUAAUCUGGGUGCUGUGGCCCAUAGCCAUCUACAUUCAUCUUCGAUUAAGAGUCAAUAUGCAGAUGCAUUGUCACCCCUGAAGACUACGAUGAAAUGCCUCGUUUCCAGUAAAAAGGGUCUCCAGUUCUCUACACUGACCAUACGAAACACAUCAGCAUUACGCUGCUAUUUUACGCUGACAUUCUGUGAGAGCGUGGAACCUACCCCGGUCGAGCCGACCCAUUCGUGCUGCAACCACAAUAUAGCUGCAGCAAGGCUCUACCACGUCAAGUCGGCAGGGAAGGCGCACCUUGCUACACGUCUUCGCUCUCUAACUGCACAGCAAACGCCCCAGAGAAGGUUCGGAAGCAUCAGCCCUUUCGCUUGCGGAUCUGGUCUAUGGCUCCGCCGAAGACUACUUGAGAGCCACGGAGAGUAGCGAAAGUGGCGUAUUGUGAAACAGACAUCUUUCUCCCCGCAGCCCCACCACUGCCAAAUCAGCUGUGCGCUCUCGCCAGUCCCGCAGAAUAGUGUGUGGCACUUCUUUCGGCUGCGCAUGACAGGGUGUGAGGAUAACCUUUCCGCCACAGUCUACCAACAUACAUUUAAAGUGGACUCUCCAAGCGCACUCCGAGCGGCAUUUUCGGGUCUUUAUCUCGGAACAGCUAAGCCCACCUUCUCCUGCAACUACAAGGCGGGAACCAUCCUUUCCGCACAAUUACUAAUAUCGUUACAUCCAGCCCCGCCAUAUCCUAGUAUAACUAAUAUGAUUUUUCUAUUUCCAGAUAACUGAUUACUCUUUCAGCAAAGACAACGAAGAAUUAGAAAAAAGUUUAUCAUCUAUUGAAAGAGAUAUUAGCAGUAAUGAUUUUCGUAGAGGGUUCUUUUACACCUUGUACAUUAUUUUAGCAUUUUUCGGCACAGGGAACAUUGCUUCAUUAAAUUCGUUCGAAGUGAGAUGGGUUAUUUGUUUUACAACAUCAUUUCAGCCAUUCGUCAUAACUGCCCUUAUAUUGCUUAAAACUUUGGCUCCUUUUUUGUGCGUCGGCUGCACUUUCAGAGCUGUGCAACAUAUAACCAAGGCACCAGCGGACUACUUAAACAUAAUAGUGCUCGUAUAUUCAAAUCUAAUGGGUGUUCAGUUACUGUACAACGUUAAAAAUACCGGCAGUUGGCUAGAAAUUGGAACGUCUAUAUCUCAGUUUGUAAUCGUUCAAGUUAUAACAUUAUUUAUUGUUAUAAUUAAUCAAUUAUCUAAAACGUGGACUGAGACGGAUUUGUUUAGUUUUACUGUUAAAAUGAUUAAAAAUAGAAAAAAAAAUGUUUAGAAUUAGUACCCACUGUUAUUUAAAAUAAAAGAUAUUUUAC